GGGCGUGGAUUAUGCAGGCGAGCUACCAGCGCGUGCGCGGCGUGCGCGUCGGCGCGUUCAUGACUGCGGACCUCUGCGGGUCCGCCCCUACCUCGCCCGCGCCUGUCCCCGCGGAAGGCCCCCACCCACCGCCCGACCAGGUGCUUUUGCCCCCCUGCCCUGCAGCGGUUGGUGAUUUGACUCGGGUUGAAGCCCUGCUGAGCUGCGGGGCGCAGGCAAAGAGAAACCGGGGCGCAGUCUCCUGCGUUCCAGCCACCUGCGGCCGCAUAUCCAGAGCUGUGGCAGGUGGUUCUGGAGAAAUGCCGCCUCCCUACUUUCUGGCCACUUCCUGCCUGUCAUGCAGCCACCCCCAUCACGCCCCCGACCCCCUGCAGGCAGCAGAUCCUUGAUGCUCUGGCCCAAUGCCCCUUCUGCUACCCAUCUUCUCCCCAUUCCCUGUCCCUUCUCCCUGCCAAUGUCUGCAGGCAGAGCUGAACAGGAGCUGGGACUGGCCCUCUCUGCCCACCUCGGGGAUGCAUAGCUCCCACUGGCUCUCUCAGACCUGCAGGGGUGGAGCCAGCUCAUAGGGAGGAGGCUGCAGUCCUACCCGUCUGCUGCCCGCCUGUGCCUGAUAAGGGGAUCCCAGCAGCAGGUCAGGUCUCUGCAGGUGGGACACUCAGGUUGAGGUGCGGCUGGGCAGCGAGAUUGUGGGACCCUGACCUCUGGCCAGACACGCCCGGCUGAGGAAGACACAGGCCAUAAAGCCGAGCUGCCUGUGUGGGGAGGGACCAGGAGGUGCCUGGACCUGUGGAUCUGUGACUGCGGCUCCUCAGAGCACUCUACCCUGAGAAGGAGGCCCGGCAUGAGGAGGCUCUUCCUGGUCACCUGCCUGGUGCUGCUGCAGGAGGUCCUUGCAAACCCAGCACCCCAGGUCCCUAUCAGGACCAAAGGCAAACAUGAGCAGGACGUGGAGAGGGCCUGGGGCAUCCAAGCUGUAGAGCCUCUGAAGAAGGAUGGUCAGUUGGUGGGGCUGCCCCCAAUGCUGAAGCUGAAGCUUGCAGCCUCCGAGGAGAAGCACCCAGGCCCCAAAGCAUGGGUGCAGACUGAGGACAUCCUGGGCCGUUUUCGGAUCCCACAGCAGGGUCCUGAGCUGGAUCUUGACAGUCUGUACCACCCUCCAGUGGAGGAGGUCCAGGGCAAAGAAAGGCCCUGGUCCCCAGUGCUGCUGCCUCGCCAGGUGCUCGAGGGACCAGAGGAAGACCUAGACCACAUCUACCACCCUAUGGAGGACUCCAAGGAACCCUGACUGCUCUCCACCUCUGCCUGAAGUCCACCUGCUGCCUCUGCUAAUCCUUCCCAGCUAGAAAAAUAAAUGCCUGCAAACAGA